CUCAACGAGCAAGCCAGCACAUGUGCCAGCACGCCACGCCGUCCAUUCUUCGUCCACGCGCCAGCUGUCAGGACGACGAUUCAGAGCUCACUGAAGCAUGUGCCUCCGAGCACGAGCGCGAGAUCCUACCACCGACAGACGUCAUAGCGCCGUGCCAGCCGUGCAGCGAGAGCCUCCGUGCUACGUUCCGGUGGCGCACGCACAUGCGACUGCGUCAGGAGUGCAGCCAGGCCGUUCUCUCCACACGAUCGCAGGGCGCGGCUGGCGAGGACGACAUGCCAGGGUCUGUCAUGCCAUCACUGCGACUGUGGCGGGAGCCGAGCAUCUCGGGCUUGCGCUCGCUGGCAACGAGCCGCAAGGCAAGUCGCAAGGCAAGUCGCAGCGCUCGCCCAUCCCACGUGCGCCGCGGGAGCGAGAGCAAUGCGCGCAGGAGAGCGAGGGUAGUGUCCGGAGUGCGCAUCAUGGCUCUCCACUCAUCUUCGCCCCUUCGUGCUCCACCUGCCGGCUGGCGCGCCACGCCGCGCACGCCGACUCCGCUCGCAGCUCCAUGACGAAGAGGAUGGCUCAACGAUGGAAUUGUACAGCAUGCCGGUGGUGGUGCUCCCUCGCUUGCAGCGGCGCCGCGGCUCCCUGGCGAGCGGGCGGGCGUGUGAAGCGCAAGCUUUUGGGACGAGGCAUGACGGCGAAGCAGAGUCUCUCGAGCAAGGAUCAGAUUGCGUGCGAGAAAAUCAGGCCGAGAUGGAGGUGAGGAGAUCCGAGUCGCCGGCGUCAAGGACCGUCAUGACACUGCGAGGA